AUGAAUUUAAAAUAUUGUUAUGUGUUUUAUUUAAUUAAGGUUAUUUUAUCAAUAAAGUUGAAUACAAAUAGAAAUAAUGUAUUAUUUUUAAAUCCCAUAUUUAAUAUAUCAGAUUUAACAAAAUUAAAAGAGAAAAGGAGAAUUAAUUUAAAUAAAAAAAAAAAAAAUGAUAAUAAUACAGUGAUAAAAAUUGAUAAUAAAAUAUACUUGUUUAAUGAAAAAAAAAAUGAAGAAAAUAUUGAUUUAAACGAAGACAUUUUAAGUAAAAAGGGUAACACAAAAGAUGUUGAACAAAGUAUAUUUCCUCUAAGUAUAGAUUGGAUAAAAGUAAUGAAUUUAAUUUAUUCUAACAGUGAUGUUGAAGGAACAACCUUAGCGUUUAAUGCUGCAAUAUCAGCUGUUGAAAAAAAAGGUUGUUUAGUAACUAUUUUAGAAUUAUUUGAAAUUAUGAAAAGGAAAAAUAUAAAACCAGAUAUAGUUUCAUAUAAAUUAAUUUUGAGCUUAUGUGAUAAAUAUCAUUUAGCUGAAAAUGCUGAAAUAAUUUUUAAUGAAAUGAUAGAAACAGAUAAAAUUAUUCCAAAUUAUGAAAUUUAUGCAAUAAUGAUAAGUUGUUUUUCAAAAAUGGGUUAUGGUUAUAAGGCCAUUGAAUUUUUUGAAAAAAUGAGAAAUGACCCAUUUAUUGAGGAAAUGAAAAAUAUAAAUACAAUUGAUGAUAAAAAAAAAUUAGAAGAGUGGAAUACCAAUGAAACUCUAGAAGAAGAUUCAGAUGUAAAAACUAACUAUAAUAAUCAAUUUAAAGAAGUUAGUAAAAAAAUUAAAAAUGUAGAAAAACAAAACAGUAAAAUACAAUAUAGUGAAUAUGCUAAUGUUAUUUUUGCCUGUAAUAUGGCGAAUUUACCUAUUCAAGGAAUAAAAUAUUUUGAAGAAUUAUUAAAUAGUGGAAAAAAUAUUCCUUCUAUUUUUGUUUAUGAAAAUAUUUUUGAUUUAUUAAGUAAAAAUGGGAAUUAUGAAAAGUGUUUAGAAUAUUAUACUAAAUUAAAAGAUGAUCCUAAUUUAAAAAAAAAUUUGAAUGUUAAUAUAUUAAAUAAUAUUCUAAAAGCAUUAAGUAUUUACAACAAAAUUAAUAUAAUUGAAGAUAUAUGGAAUAAUGAAUUUGAUGAAUUAACAUUAUCACCAAAUAUACUUUCAUAUCAAAUUAUUUUAAAAGUAUAUAGUGAAAUAGACGAAUAUGAAAAAGCUUUUAAAUUAUUUAAAGAAAUGCAAAUAAAAAAAUUAUUAAAUAAUAAAAAUAUUUUGCCAUUUUUAUAUACAAUUAAUUCUUUUAAAAAUUGUGGUAUAUAUAAUUAUUCUAUUUAUGUAUUAAGAAUAGCCAAAAUUUUACAAGUAUCUAGCAAUGAUUUACUAAUGCUAUACAACAAUGCUAUGAUUUCUUGUGUGAAUUCUAAAAAAUAUGAUGUUAUUGUGUCGUUAUAUGCUGAAUUAAUAACUUUUCAACAAAAAGAAUCAUCAUUUCAUUUAAAUAUUAAUACAUUAAGUUUUGUUCUUUUAGCUUUUAAAGAAUUGAAAAUGGAUGAAGAUUUUACAAAUUUAAAGAAUUUAAUAAUUCAAAAAAAUUACAAAUUAACUCCUCUUUGUUUAAAGUUAUUUGAAGAAGAUCAAAAUAAAUAG